UCACGCUCGGCCCUCUGCUGCUGGCUGCUCGGCACUGCAGGCGGCGCACGGAGUUCGCGGGAGGAGCUUGCCGUUCGCCGCUUCACUCGUUGUCUGCGGAAACUGAGGCACCGGGUGAGCCCGGGGACACCAGACAUGGAGGCGAAAAAACUGAUAACUGCAACGGAUACCCAGUACUCUGGCAGUCUGCUACAAGCUUUAAAUGACCAGCGUAUGCAGGGACUCUUCUGCGAUGUCACAGUUAUUGUUGAAGACCGCAAAUUUAGAGCUCAUAAAAAUAUUCUUUCUGCAUGUAGUACUUAUUUCCACCAGCUCUUCUCUGUUGCCGGGCAAGUUGUGGAACUAAAUUUUGUCAAAGCUGAUAUAUUUGCAGAGAUACUCAACUAUAUAUACAGUGCAAAAAUUGUCCGUGUCAAAUGUGAAAUGUUGGAAGAGCUAAUUAAAUCGGGAAAGUUAUUGGGUGUCCCUUUUAUAGCAGAUCUUGGAAUCCCAUUGUCUCAAGUUAAGAGCAUCUCUGGUGGCAUUAAAGAUGGCAGCACUGAUUCCCAAUCUAGUUCUGUUUCAAAAGAACAUGAACUGCAAAAAGAAACCGUUAGUUCGUCAGACACCACACCAGAAAAUAAAAGUGCAAAAGACAAGGAAAUGCCAGUAAUUACUGAGGCUUUUUCUUUGUCUUGUGAAGAAUUUAAUGAAAAGAAAAAAGUGCCUGAUUCAAAGGACGAAGAUUCUGAUGAUGACGUUAUUUUCUGUUCAGAGAUAGUGACAGCCAAACCACCCCCUUCAGACAAAAAGGAAGUACCAAGCCAAACACCUCCACCUAAUGAUCAGUCACUAGAUUUAAAGAAAUCCACGUCAACUAGUCAUGUUCAGCUUGUUCAAAACACAAAAUCUUCAAACCAACUUGUUUUGAAAAUGACUUCAUCUCCUCAAAAACUUAAUGUAACUGUUAAUACAAAUGCAAGUACACAGGUUACAAAUGGAUCUGUUGUGCCUUCCAGUGCAGCAAUCAACACUUCCUCUGACGUCACAUCUUCACUUCAAAAGAACCUUCCAAUUUCUGCCAAUGUAGAUGCUCCAAAAUUACUACAAACCGCUAACAUUUUGCCCAAAACUGAACUAGUGGAAGGAAACUGUAUUUCUGCACCUGUUCCUUCUAUUACUCUACAAAAAAAUAUAUCCUUUGAUGGUUCUGGAGUACAAAAGAAACAGGUUGUGACCUUCAGUCAGGAAUCUUCCUCAAAGCCUGGUGAAUUCAAAAUAAAAAUUGCAGAUGUUGGAUCUGGAAGUAACAAGGAAUCUCAUAGGGAACCGGAGUCUAAGCGCAUAAUGGAUGGUAAAAAAAUUAUAACUUUAGACACAACUUCAGAAAUUGAAAGCCUGUCAACUGGCUGUAAAGUGUAUGCAAAUAUUGGAGAAGAUACAUAUGACAUUGUAAUUCCCAUUAAAGAAGACCCUGAUGAAGGGUUUUCCAAAUUUGAUGAAGAAGAUUUUCCAAAUCGGAAACGCAUGAAGGUGAAACAUGAUGACCACUAUGAGCUUAUAGUGGAUGGAAGAGUCUAUUACAUUUGUAUUGUUUGUAAACGUUCAUAUGUGUGUCUUACAAGUUUACGAAGACACUUUAAUGUCCAUUCCUGGGAAAAAAAAUACCCAUGUCGUUACUGUGAGCGUGUCUUUCCCCUUGCAGAAUAUCGCACAAAACACGAGAUUCAUCAUACUGGUGAGAGAAGAUACCAGUGCUUGACUUGCGGCAAUUCUUUUAUCAAUUAUCAGGUUAUGUCUUCUCACAUUAGAUCAGCUCACAGUCUGGAUCCUGCUGGAGAUUCAAAACUUUAUCGACUAAAUCCAUGUAAGACAUUACAGAUCAGACAGUACUCCUAUAUAACUGAUCCUUCUUCUAAUGCUCCCGUAAUCAACGAUGGUGGAAUUGUCUACGAUAUUGACCCUGAUAAACCAGAACCUGCAUCUGAAGAGGACGCCCCUAGUGCAGCACCAAAGCCAAUGAACUGGGAUGAUGUAUUCCUCCAGCAGAGCAAUCAGAAUAUUUUUAAACCAAAUGCUUCCGAUGGCAGUACUGAAUUUGAGUUUGUAAUACCAGAAUCCUAUUAGGUACUUGACAAACUAAACUAUUAUAAAAUAGGAACAUACUUUCAGGUGAACUGCUGUAGGAACAUUUUUUUAUUUUAUUUUUUAUAGUUUGCAGUUCUCGUAUCCCAAUUAUCAUAAGUAGAUUUUUUUUUUCUUCUUCUCCCAAUUCAUAGCUACAUCCAAUACAUAAGUGGAGGGCAUCUUAACAGCAUUUAAAUAAAGGUUAUAGGGAGAAUUUCUAAGAAGCAUUCAGAUAGUUUGUUCUCCAUGUCUUUUUCAAAUAGAAACAAGCCUUUUAACCAAUAAUCCACAUAUUUCAUCAUGUUUGUGACAAUAGGGUGUUCCCUACAUUUAUUGAUUGGAGACACUUGCUUAUCAUUGCUGUACGCUUGCACUUUAAAAGUAACUGGUUUGUAAUUUGAUAACUACUACGUAUUCUUGUUAAUAAUGUAUACUUUUAAAUCUACUCCAUUGUCUGUUUUUUGGGGUUUUUUUUUUUUUUUCCUGUAAACAGGGCAAAAGCGAAUACAUUUAUUUUAUUUUUUUUACUACCACAAGGGUCCAAAUAUGCACGGUCUUAUGGUUUGUUAAUAAUUCUACCAUCUACUGAACUGGUGUACAGCCAUCUAAGAAGCAAGUUAAUUUUUAAUUUGUAAUUAUCAUGUUGACAUGUAAAUGAUGCAGUGAGUAUUCUUAAUUCUGCAGCCAGAUAUGUUUUUUAAUACUAAGUGACCCUAGAACUCUUUCUCAAGCAAAUGAUAUUUUCUUGUUUUACAGUCCAAUAUCGAACAUCCCAAAACAUUAACACAUUUUGUUAAAAGUGGAAUAGUCAGGCUCCCUGUAAUAUUUAAGAACAUCAAAAUUUUAGGAUUGAAGAAAGUAUUACUAUACUUGUAUCUACUUUAAUUGGUUUUGCUUUUAUAAUUUUUUAUUUUCUAAUUGCAUGGUUUCCAGCUGUGUAUGGCUCAAUGCAGCACUCCUUUUCCAUGUACUCACUGAUGUAAAUUCUAAUUGAAAGGUAAAAUAUUCUUAGAAAAAUUGGAUUGUUGUGCUUAGUAUAGUAAUGUAGGUAAGAGUGUUUUAUGCCCUUUUUGAAAUAAUAAGACUUGUUUAAAGGCUAAACUUUGUUUGUGUUGGUCAUAAUGUAAUGCACAAGCAUUCAUAAGAAUAACUGCAGUAAAGCAUAUAUUUGCACUUUUGCAAUGGUUUUUAAUUAGACUGCAAAACUAUAUAACAUUUGGACAUUAUGGGUAGUAUAUAGACUGUGAGGAUAAUAAUUACUAAAAAUGAAAGUGAGAUUAUGGAGUGGGGGGAUGAGUCCUCUGCAAUUGUCAAAACUUAAAUUAAAACCCCAAUUUUUAUUAUUUAGUUAAUAAAACAAUUUUUUUUUAGAUGGAAUAUUUUAUUGUUUUUUUGAGGUGAGAGGGCAAAGGUAUAUUUUCUUCUGUUAGUCCUGGUUGAAAAUCUGAAAUAUUAUUCAAAUGUGAGUAAGGCAGAUUUGCAAUGUUCAACCGAUGCACUGUAAAUGUAGUUUGUAGUUCAUGAAGACAUGUUCAUACUGUCAUUUAGAGAGGCAUUAGCACUGCUUUGGCAGAGAAAAAAAAGAUUGUCUUCAUCUUUCUGGGGAUUUUGGGAAAAUGUGAUCACAAUAAUAUAUUUGGGUAUUUAGAAAAACCUAGAUUUAAACAUACAGUUGUGCAGUUAGUCCCUGGACUAAAAAAAAAACUUUUCUAGGGAAUUCAUUUAACUUCUUCUUUCAUAUUGUCUG